AUGAGGCGCCUGUGGGGUUUGCAUCCCCCCACUGGGAUCGGAUCCCAGAAGGCAGCAGCAGCAAAUUGCCUCUCAACUCGGCCUCUACUGCACCGGCCUGCCUUGCUGCAGCAGCAGCUGCAGCAGCAGCAUCUGCUGCAGCAGCAGCUGCAGCAGCAGCAUCUGCUGCAGCAGCAGCGGCAGCUGCAGCCUUUGGGCGGCUGCGGCCCUGCUGCUGCUCCUGCGACUGUUGCUGCUGUUGCUGCUGCUGCGGCUGCUCCUCAUCCUCGCAGUAGAUGGUUCAGCGCCGCUGCACAGCAGCAGCAGCAGCAGCAAGAGCUGCAGCAGCAGCAGCAGCAUCACGAGAAGCAGCAGCAGCAGCAGCAGCAGCAACCGCUUACGCCUCGAGAGUUUCGGCUUCGGGCCCCUCUUCUGCUGGAGCAGGGUUUGCUGCUGCAGCAGCUGCAGCAGCUGCCCCACUACAGCUACCGCACAGUUAUGCAGGUGGUGGUGCUGCUGCUGCAGCACCCUGAGAAGCUGAAGGGCAGCGACUUGCUGCUGCUACCUCAAGCAGCAAAACGUCUGCUGCUGCAGCACUUCCGCGUUGUUGAUGUUGCUGCUGCUGCUGCAGCCAGCAGGCCCAGCCUUCGCUUUGCCUCGCUGCAGCAACAGCAGCAACAGCACCUGCACCAGCAGCUCCUCAACCUCCCCGCCUCACGCAGCAGCAGCAGCAGCAACAGCAACAGCAACAGCAACAGCAGCAGCAGCAGCAAGCCGCUGCUGUCUGAGUUUAUUGCUGCUUUAGACGACUGCUAUGUUAGCUGCCAUGCCUGGCAUAUGCAUGCGCUGCAGCGCUUCUUCCUCGCUGCAGCUACCAGCAGCAGCAGCAACAGCAGCAACAGCAGCGAGGACGUGCUGCUGCUGCUGGAUGCGAUGGGGGAGGCAGCAGCAAAGGGAGCCCUUAAGCGGGUGGAGGUGCAGCAGGAAGCAGCUUUGUUGCUGCUGCUGCUGCUGCAGCAGCUCGCUGCAUUCAAAGCAGCAGAACGCUGGCCCCUCCUCCCUCCCAACCCCCACAGCAGCAGCAGCAGCAGCAGCAGCAGCAGCAGCAACAGCAGCAGCAGCAACAGCGUGCUUGGGGCGUAUAUUGCUCUUAGCAAACUCCCCCGCGUCGGGUGUAUCUGCACCUCAACGCUGCAGCAGCCGGAGGAGACGCUGGAGCUGCAGCUGAGACCACUGGUCAUGCUGCUGCAGCAGCAGCAACAACAGCAGCAGCAGCAAGGGCAGCAGCAAGGGCAGCAGCAGCAGCUUGAGCUGCUAUACAACGACGGCUUGCUAGACUCGCUGCUGGCGGAGUUUGCUGGUGAGUUGCUGCAGCAGGCGCAGCAACUCAGGGAUGUGCAGCACCUUGCUGCUGCUGUUGCUGCUGCUGCUGCUGUGCUGCAGCGCCACGCCGAGCCCGACCAGGCAGCAACAACAGCAGCAGCAGCAGCAGCAGCAAAGCUUCUGGAGAAGCUGCUGCCACAGCUGCGCCCUGCAGCUGCUGCUGCCGCUGCUGACCCAACGUCGCAGCAGCUGCUGCUUGCUGCUGCUGCAGCUGUUCCUCCAGCGUGGCUUCCUGCUGCUGCAGCUGCGCUGCUGGGGGACCCGCAGCAGCAGCAGCAGCAGCAAGAACAGCAUCAACAGCAGGAAACCCUGUUGCUGCAGCUGCGCCUGGCCUCCAAGGCAGCAGCGACAGAUGCUGCUGCAGCAACAGCAGCAGCAGCAACAGCAGGGAGAGGGGUAGAUGUCUCUCUUAGAUGGGCGAGGCAAACGGCGCUGCUUGCUGAGUUGCUGCUGCUGCGCCUCAAUGAAGAAGCGUCAGCAGCAGCAGCAUCAGCAGCAGCAACAGCAGCAGCAGCAAGAGCAGACGUAGCGCUGCAGAUAUACGCGGCUGUUGCUGCAGUGCGCAAGGGGCUCAGCAGACAAAUGCAGCAGCAGCAGCAGCAGCAGAAACGGAGAUGGCGGCAGCUCAACCCACGUGUACAUGCGGCUGCUGCUGCUUCUCCUGCUGCUGCUUCAUCGCAGCAGCAGCAGCGGCUGCUGCUGCUGCAUGGACGCCUCUGCCGUCUUCAACAGACGGCAAGAGAAGCAAUAGCAGCAGCAGCAGCAUCAGCAGCAGCAAGUCCUACAGGUGCUGCUGCGCUUCUGGGGCCCUCAGAGUUGUCUUUGCUGCAGCACACUGCAGCAGCAGCAGCAGCAACAGCAGAAGCAGCUUGGGCGGCGGACCUUGUAUGCCGCUGCGGCACUUUGGUUGACGCUGCUGCAGCGUUGAGGAUUCAAGCGACAGCAGCAGCAGCAGCAGCUGCUGCUGCUGCUGCUGCACCUGCUGCAGCACUAAGCAGAAGGCGCGGGCCCUGGCCAUCCACUCGUCGUUCAGCAGCAGCAGCAACAGCAGCAGCAACAGCAACAGCAACAGCAGCAGCAACAGCAGCAGCAGCAGCAAGGCAGGCGUUUGAUGAGGCGUGUGCAGCAGCAGCAGCAGGCCGCGUGGCUGCUGCUGCAGCAGCUAGCGAAUCAGCAGCAGCAGCUUGCAAAGCAAGCAAGACAGUGUAUGUACACCGCAGUUGUGCAGCGGCCGCUGCAGCGGAAAACAUUUAUUGCUCCUGGAGGGGGAGAGACACUCUGGCUGCAGCAGCAAGCACUUCGAGUCGUAGAUGCUGCUGCUGCUGCAGCACAGCAGCAGCAGCAGCAAAAACCAAACCAAAUGGACCUGAAGGUCCUGCAGCAGCACACCGACCGACAGCAGCAGCAGCAGCAGCAGAUGCAGCAGCAGAUGCAGCAACUGCUGCAGCAAAUGAGGGCAGGGGUGCUGCCUGUCUGCUGGACUGGCAGCAGGCGCACACCGAGUAG